AUGAGCACCAUCUGGCGCCCAGACUUGUUGAGCGGAGAUCACAUCGUCGUCAAGGAAGAGUCCGACGACGACCACCAGCCCCCCGCCGUCGACGUCGAACCUCCCGCGGACGACCACGAGGAAGACGAAAAGUCCGAGGAUCUCGCGGGGAAGAUGUCGACGAUUUGGCGACCUAACCUCAGCCGGCUGUACGCCAGCGUCGCCGAGAUGGAGGGAUCGGAGAGCGAAGAGGAGGAGAAGGAUGCGACGAAGAAGGGCGUGAAGCGGAAGAGAGCCCCUCCCACGAAGGGGCCAUGCGAGCACGGGGUGAAGCCUCGCUCGAAAUGCAAGGUGUGCAGCGCUUGUCCCCACGGGAAGUGGCGCCGUUUUUGCAAGGAGUGCGGCGGGGCAUCAAUCUGCCAGCACGGCCGUCAGCGCUCUAAGUGCAAGGAGUGCGGCGGGGGCUCAAUCUGCGAGCACAGUCGUGAGCGCUCUCAGUGCAAGGAGUGUGGCGGAGCAUCAAUCUGCGUGCACGGCCGUCAGCGCUCUCAGUGCAAGGAGUGCGGCGGGGCAUCAAUCUGCGAGCACGGUCGUAGGCGCUCUGAGUGCACGGAGUGCGGCGGGGCAUCAAUCUGCGAGCACGGUCGUCGGCGCUACAGGUGCAAGGAGUGCAAGAAAUAG